AUUUAGAAUUUUCUGGGAAAAUGCACCCUACAAUGCCUCUUUCUCCUCCUUGGGUCUACCUUUCAUUUCUUCCAAGGGAAAAGAUAAAUUCCAUUCAAAGGGUUCACUUUUGAAAGUGUAGGAAAAAAGAAAAAGCAUGCCGAAGAAAACAAACACAGAAAUCUCCAACAUUUGAUUCUUUUCUUUUGCUUUGAAGCAAACCCACCCAAAAACGAAAUUUCACCCUCUCAAUCAUUCUGCCAUCUUUCAAAUUCCCAAUCACUAUUAAACGCCCAAAGAAAGAAUAGAGGGGAGCUAACCAAACAUGUCGACGUUGCAGAAAUUCAAGGUAUUAGCGACGCAAUGCGGCGUCGCCCAAAGCCCCACGAGAAGUCCAAGUACGAGUCCCCUCUUCAAUUUCCGUCGCCCUAAAACCACACUGCGAAUGCUCCUCACCAGAACUGGUAGUCGUAAGUCAUCCAAUACUCGGGAAAUGCCGUAUCCGCGUAGUUACAUCGACAUUUCAUCUGAGAAAAAGAAGGGCGACGGUCACACUUUGAAGGAUUUAUUCGUAUCGUGUCCGUCGCUAGAAGAAGGAAAUGACGACGACUGUAAAAUUGUUAAGGAGAGAUUCGGCGGAAAGAGUGAAGUAGUUUUAGCAACGAAAGUCGAUGGUCUUAACGGACUUGGAGGUGAACCGGGAUCACCUCGGCCGAGUUGGAUCGGGUUUAGACAUAGGAUGCUGUUGAGGAAGGCUUGGCGUCCCAUGCUUCAGACCAUCCAUGAAUAGUUUUCUGUUCUCUUUCUUGCUUAUUAUUUAUCUU